AUGUCCAAUCUUCAAGCAGAUUCUCGCGAAGCAUUUGAACGUCUUAUAUCCGAACAAAGUUCUUACAUAGGUGAAGUCGAUGAGCAGAUCGCCAAAUGGACGCAAUUUCAAAGUGAUUAUCAACAGUUGCGUGCUCGUCUUUCCACAUUACCUGACCGGUUAACAUAUGAUUGUACAGUACCGUUUGGCAAGCUAGCGUUUAUUCCCGGUCGUGUGAUUCAUUCCAAUGAAAUUCUCGUUCUUUUGGGCGAUAAUUAUUUUGCUGAACGCUCGUGUAAACAAGCCAUCGAAAUAGUCGAUCGUCGUCUGACAAACAUUGAAGAAAAUCUUCGAAAACAUGAAAAAGAAAAAGAAGUGUUUCACCAGCAGAAACGCUACACACAUGAUUUUCUCGAUGACAAAACGAAAUUUAUUGAAAUUAAAGAAACAGAUGAAGAAAUCAAACCGGUCAAAUCAGCAGUGAAUCGUCGAGCGAAGUUAACCGAAGAACAGAUACGAGAAGAACGCCGCCGUUUACAAGAACGUGCUUUGAAACUGAGUGAAAAGCCAGCCAAAAAAGUUCACUUCGAUGAUGAUGAUCAAAUGGAAGUCGAUAGCGAUGACGAUGAUGAUCAUGAUAAUGAGAUUCCCAGUGAACAAUUUAAAAAAAUCUUCAUCCGUCAUACAAAAACUACAACCGAACCUGUCGGAGACACUUCUCCUGGACUUUUCUCACAUCCAGGUGCCAUUGGAAGGAAAUCUCCGAUGGCAUUCACAGGUCGAACUAUCGAACGCGAGGUUUCUACACCAAAUAAUGAACCGCCACCGAAACGAAUUUCGAAAUUUCGAGCAUCUCGUCAAUAA